AUGUCUCGCUUAAUUGUAAAAAACCUACCUGCAUAUCUAACCCAAGAGCGCCUCCGUUCAUACUUCGAUUCUCCAGAUGGACCGGGAGGCACUCUCACUGAUGUGAAACUUGUUUGUCGUCCCGACGGAACGUCGAGACGAUUCGGGUUCAUCGGAUACAAAUCCCCUGCGGAAGCUGAACGCGCAAAGAAAUGGUUCAAUCGGGCGUUCGUGGAUUCCUCGCGGAUUUUAGUCGAAAUUGUUGAAGGUUCCAAAGACGCACCGCCGCCUCGCCCAAACAAACGGCCAAGGUUAGGACCAGGUCCUGAUGAGACGGAAACUCGCCUUCCGAAUGACAUCCGUGCGACAGGCCAGGCUUCCGGUAUACUCGCACAGAAACAGUCGAAAGCCAGCCAGUCGAAGAGUCACCUUGACGAGUUCAUGCAAGUUAUGCAACCUCGUACGAAGAAAGGCCCUUCAUGGGCAGAUGCAGACGUCGCCAUGCCCCUAAAUCGUCCUGCAACAAACGGUAUUGAUAUAAAGGAUCAAAUCGAUGCUACUCAAAGUCGAAAAAGUUCGAAGGCUCAACCUACUAGUGGAGAAAACGAUGAGAUGAAAGAUGCGACUGAUUCUCUAGAUUUCGAGUCUGAACACCGCGAUGACGGAAUAUCCGACAUGGACUGGUUCCGAAAGCGUACAAAGGCUGUUCUCGACGAGGCUGAUCCCCCCGCAGAAAAGGCCUUCGAGCAGUCCGACGAGGAAGUGGACGACGUGGAUCGUCACGAAGCUACAGUGUCCGAGGAUCCCCCUCCUGAUCCUGUAAAAGAGACUAUUCUGCAGACGGGCCGACUUUUCAUACGCAAUUUAGCUUUCACAUGCACUGAAGAUGAAUUACGCGAACUAUUCCGUAAUCAGGGCGAAGUGUCCAACAUUCACAUUCCACUAGACGCUGUAACGAAACAACCAAAGGGUCUCGCUUACGUCACAUUUGCGAGGCCUGCUCAGGCCCUUUCGGCAUUUGAAGCUCUAGACCGUACUUCAUUCCAAGGUCGCCUUCUACAUAUUCUUCCAGCUGUGGAUCGGAAGGGAAAGGUUGAGGAUGAACAUAAUGGUAAAAAGACGGUUAAGGGGGAGCGAGAAGCCAAAAGAAAAGCAGCCGCAGGGAAAGAGUUCAAUUGGGCAAUGCUUUAUAUGAAUAGUGAUGCCGUCGUAUCAUCCGUGGCGGACAGGAUGAACAUCCCCAAGUCUGAAAUUCUCAACCCAGAGUCUGAUAAUGCUGCAGUCAAGCUCGCGCUGGCAGAAACUCAUAUCAUCAACGAAACGAAAUCUUUCCUAGAGUCACAUGGCGUUGUCCUAUCGGUCUUUUCGUCGUCGCGCGUUCAACGGUCCGACACCACCAUCCUCGUCAAGAACAUCCCUUAUGGUACAUCUACAGACACCCUCCGCACGAUGUUCGGCACACAUGGAGAGUUGCGCAGGGUGCUAGUCCCACCCGCAGGGACCCUCGCGAUUAUUGAGUUCGAGCAAGCAGCUGAUGCCCGGACAGCAUUCCGCUCACUCGCAUAUCGGCGGCUGGGUAACACGAUCAUGUAUCUUGAGAAAGCCCCAAUGGGGAUGUUCUCUGACGUACCUGCAGACUCUCCUGCUAUGUCGGGCCAGAGCAGCAAAGCACCGGUGGUGGCAACCGCUGUGGAACCCAUCAGAGCCCCGGUCAGUGGGGCCGCUUUGGUAGAAGGUGAUGAUGCGGCCACGGAGCCCCCAUUGUCCGCCGGGACGACGCUCUUUGUUAAGAACCUUGCAUUCAGCACAACCACAGAGGGCCUUGUGCACGCCUUGCGCCAUCUCCCUGGUUUUGCGUUCGCGCGAGUGCAGGCCAAGGUCGAUCCGGCCCGUCCGACCGCGCGACUGAGCAUGGGCUAUGGCUUCGUCGGCUUCCGAACUAAGGACGAUGCGAAGCGAGCUUUGAAGAGCCUUGAAGGGUUCGUACUCGACGGUCAUGUGCUAGCGGCGAAGUGGGCAGGUAGGGGUGUUGACGAGGCCGAGGGGCAGGAGGUAAAGGGGAAGCCGAAAUCGGCGAAGAUGAUUGUCAAGAACGUGCCGUUCGAGGCGACGAAGAAGGAUAUCCAGGAGCUCUUUGGAGCCCAUGCGCAGCUAAAGUCGGUACGUCUCCCGCGCAAGUUCAACCAUCGUACACGCGGGUUCGCGUUUCUCGAGUUUGUGUCGCCGCACGAAGCUGCUCGCGCACAUGCUACGCUCCGCCAUACGCAUUUCCUCGGCCGACAUCUUGUCUUAGAGUGGGCAGAAGAUGGGGCUGCGGACGUGGAGGAACUGAGGAAAAAGGCUGGCGUCGGGUUUGGUGGAGGGAAGGAGAUGCCCGGCAGGAAGCGGAAGCUGAACCUUGGGAACGGAGGAGAGGACGAGGGAGAGGACGACGUGUGA